CACACUUGGGCCUGGCUGUGCGAUCAGCUGACACGGUUUGACACAAAAGUUCUUUUAACAAAUCGCUCGGCUCUAGUUUUGCCUUACAAAGAAAUGAAAAUCUUGCACUCCGAGUGCUUAGCGUAGUGUCAGAGAGGUCUGAGCCGAGCCGUGGGAAGGACGUGUGUGUUUACAUGAAGGAAUAUAUGGAACGUUUGGUGUAGUACGUCCAGGGUGUUCAACACCACAGCAGGUUGAGUACAGAUGCUGGAAGGGUCUCACGUGCAUAAUUGAUACGGACGACCGAGCGACCUGCUACCUACCAGAAGUACGGUACAGUGGACCCCUAUCACACCAGGGGAUCGAGAGUAGUGUAUUGGCCACGACUGACUAUAAGCCAAUAACAGAUGUAGGCUUAAAGAGUGGAGAUAAAAUUCCCACCGCCGUCCACACAUUGAUCUAGCCUGGCUUAGUCGAUUGUUCAUAUCAAACCUCUUUAGUACAUGAUAAAAUAGUGUGUUUUUUCUUCUCAAGAGCUUUUUUUUUUUAUAAAUGUGUGUGUGGAUCUAUGAUAGUGUGAGCAUUCCUUAAACUUGUCUGGUUCUUUGAGAAGUCAGCGUUCUACAUGUUAUAGUAGACAGAAAUGUCGGUGGAUGUUUUACAGCCAAAAUUUUCACCAGGACCAAACUUCAACUAUCCGCACUUUCCACAAAUGAAAGAAAACCGAGGAACACAGGUCGAGAUGAGACAACAAAGACACAUCGAGGAUGCAAACAGUAAAAUAAACGUGAAUCACUUCGACCCGAACUCGAUCAUAUAUGACUCGACGACUGAUACGACUUACCUCCGGGGACGACUACUGGGAAAGGGUGGAUUCGCACGAUGCUAUGAAUUGCUGGAUUUAAACACAAAUAAAAUUUAUGCAGGGAAAAUUGUUUCCAAAACGAGGAUAGCAAAGCCCCACCAAAGACAGAAGAUCAUUCGAGAGGUCGAACUACAGAGGAACAUGAAGCACAGGAACGUCGUAGAAUUCCAUAGCUUCUUUGAAGACGAUGAAUUUGUGUACCUGGUGCUUGAAAACUGCAGUAGAAAGUCGCUUGUGCACAUGCUCAAACACCGGAAGAUGCUCACAGAAAUCGAAGUUCGGUACUACAUGCGUCAGCUGGUAGAGGGCGUCAAAUACAUCCACAGUCACAACGUCAUACACAGGGACCUCAAGCUCGGAAACAUGCUCCUCAACGAGGACAUGGAACUCAAGAUAGCUGACUUUGGACUAGCCACAAAGAUCGGCUACGAAGGAGAAAAGAAAAUGACGGUAUGCGGUACACCAAAUUAUAUUGCACCUGAAGUACUUCAGAAACGAGGUCACAGUUACGAAGCCGAUGUAUGGGCUCUCGGAUGUGUAAUGUAUGCCUUAUUGGUAGGACGUCCACCAUUUGAGACGUCAACGCUAAAAGAAACAUACGUCAGAAUCACCGGAAAUUCUUACGUAUUGCCGAACACAAUAUCCGGUCCUGCCAAAAAUCUAAUCCAAAAGUGUCUCACGCCGGAACCAGAACUCCGUCCCAGUCUAGACCAGUUUCUGGCAGACGAUUUCUUUACUUCCGGAUACCUGCCAAAGACGUUGCCUUCCUCAUGUUGCAAUGCGGUACCGAAAUUCCCAGUGUACACAAAAUUUAACAGACCUAAAUCCUAUGCAGUUCCAGACAAACAAGAUCCUAUAGAAAGAGUCACGUCCCCUUUUAGAAAGGUAGAAAUCACUGCAAGAUCCGACAAAAGUGAUAAGACAUCGGAGGGCAGUGACAGAGGGUCUCCAGCUGCUUUCCCGCCAAUCAAAUCACCUAUCAGGGAACUCGUCUCAGAAAGGUCGAAUAGAUCUGACAGAUCAGACUCGCCACCGCAACGAGAUCUUUCUCCAAAACCUCGAACGGCCGCUAAUUUGCUUGACGUUCUCCAAACAUGUCUUGAACAUAUGCCAAAAGAGGUGACGAGCAAUCCACUUGCCGUAGGAGAUUCCACAAUUGUCUGGGUGACGAAAUGGGUGGAUUAUUCCAAUAAAUACGGGUUCGGAUUUCAACUUUCCAACGAUGCCAUUGGCGUGCUCUUCAAUGAUACGUCACGGAUUGUGAUGUCACCGGACGGAAGAGCAAUCCAGUAUUAUGACAUGACUGGGAAGCUGUCUACAUUCACUGUCGAGUGCGUGCCAGAGGAGCUGGAGAAGAAGACCACACUGCUAUUGUACUUUGCGAGGUACAUGGACGAGCACUUGAUACAGGGUGGUAACGUUGAGACGUCCAGAGACUCGGAUGACUACGUGUGGGGAGGAACUGCCUACCUCAAAAAGUGGUUCCGGACCGGAAAAGCUAUCGUGCUGUAUCUGAGUGACGGAACACUACAGGUUAAUUUCUUCGACGACCACACUAAGAUCAUCAUGAGCUACAUGAAGAAUGAUUACUUCGUGACUUACAUUGAUGAGGAUAGGACUGCCAAUACUUACCCCAUGGUCCACAUCAUUCAAGAUGGCUGCCGCAGAGACAUAGUGGAGCGCAUGGCUUUCGCCAAGUCCAUGUUGAAGAACCUGGUCGACAUUGAAGGCGCCGAUAUCUAAAUGUGAUAUAACAUACAGUAUUUAUUCAGUGCAAGCGUCCGACAUCACCCACGUGUCUUUCUAUUUUCAUCCGUGACGUAUGAUGUUAUCGUGACGUCACAGGCGGCCAUCAGAUGUCUGCUAGGCCAUAUGACGUCCAUGUGACAUAAAAUUGUGAUAUACAUAAAAACAUAUUUCCAGUUGUUUAAGCAUUGUCUUUGCUUGUGCUUAAGGAAUAUUACCUCUCUUUCGAAUUCCUAUUGAACAUAAUUCAGGAAUCUGUGUGGAGAAAUGCCGGCCCCGCUGGAGUGACCUUGUGACAUUCUAAGUCUUUCAUUAUUUGUGCGGACACUUGGACUAGGACAAGUUAUCUGUCUGCCAUUUUGUUGUCAAAAUCACGAGGAUCUAUAGGAGUUUCAAAUAUCACCAUGAAGAUUAUUUUGGGUUGGAAAAAAACAUGUGAUAACCUACAGAUUUGUUUCUGUAUUGAAGAUGGUGUGUACCUAAGAUUAUAUUUCUACCUGAAAUAUACCAGCAUCACAAUGAUCAUUCCCGAACGUUGUAAUUGCACACAAAAGAACGUUCGGAGAUCCAAAUUAACGUGACUUUUACGUUAUUUUCUAUUUUCUGGAGAUACAUGAGAUGAUCCUCUCAUUUUUUCCUGCCAGAAUCAUUUACGGUUGCUUCGAAUAUUUGUUGACAUUUUUGACAUAUGCUUAUAACAACGUCACCGUGCUCCUAUCCCCUUGCCAUGGCGUUUAGUAAGGUGUACUUUAAGUAUAUUAUCGUUGUUUAAGUUGUUCUGAUCUCAUUUGCCAGAAUCAAAAAAUGAGUUGAAGCAAUAAAUACAAAAACAAACAUGUUGCAAUAUUUUACAUCAUGUGUAUAUGGUGUUUGGUCAUAAUGUCUCUUCUAACGUUAAACGUAUGUCAAACAUAUCAAAGGCGGGAGUGACAUUGGCCAUGUGAUAUCAGUUUGUCCGUCUCUUCUGGCUGUCCGUAUCUGCUGACUGUUCCAGGGAAGGUGUGUCUCAGUCUCAGUCCCUUAAAGGAAUUAAGUCGUCGGCCAAAUGACUUAUUCAACUAAUCGGAGAAAAGGUGUAUACGAGAUAAUAAAAAUAUUUUCGUGCGAGGACCAAACUGUCCAGUGUCUUUGUGAGUGUAUUGAAAACUUCUCCAUUUGUGAUACUUUUGUUGGGAAAAUUUGCUAGUCAAAAUUAUACCUUAAAAACUAUUAAUCAUUCCAACAGUUUAUGGUGAGGAAUUUGAUAAUCUUUUACAUCUGUUCAGCUUUAUUCUGGCAUGUUUUGGCAUUCUGUUUUCGAGCUUGUAUACAGUGUACGUUUUAUAAGUGCUUGGUGAGUGAACAUGUGAAUUGUAUAAACUUCGACUAAAAUGUAAGAUUGAACGCCAUGUAAAAAAAUCCAUUGCUGUUUUACACGUAACAUUGUUUGUCUCUCAGAAAAAGGACCAUGAUUAUAAAUGAUCUCAUUAAUAUGCAAAAUUGAACAUUAUUGUACAAAGGUAUGGUACACAUGCUAUCAUGUUAUGUAUUAUAAAGACAGAGUAACGAAGGUGUAAGGAUGGCAAGGAUAAUAAAGUAAGAAACCCGCGCGUUAUUGUUCAUAUGCCUGGGGUAUCUGAUUAUCUGUUGAUGUCUUUGUUGAUUGUGAUUUUUUUUGUUUACGAGUGUCUGACAUGGAUUGGUAGCCCAUAUCGUGAAUAUGAAUAUAUUGAAUAUAUAAUCGGUCUUAAAUUCGCAAAGUCAUGACCUUCCGUAUGAUAUCGGGAUCGUGACCUCACGUCCGUUGCCAAGGUCAUCACCCUCCGUAUGAUAUUGGGAUGGUGACCUCCCAUCCGUUGCCAAGGUCAUGACAUUAUAUGUUGUGAACGGUUUUAUAAGAGAGUAUGAGGAGCUGAAUGACUAAAAGAGUUCGCAGGAAUAAGAAAUCACUGAAUACCUAGAUAUAAUAUCCAUUAUCAGGAUAUCUACAGAGCCUUGAAUUCGCAUUUGAUUUUGAUAGGUUUCUGCAGAUGUGAUAUGUUGGUAUAUGUUAUGGAGAGUUCACAGAAGAUCAUUUGAUGUACGAGUUGUGCAACGAAUAUCUGUAUGAGGAACCUAAUGUAUGUGUUUCGCUAAGAUAAGUGUGUUGAAAUGUGUUUGUUGUAAGAAUAGUCAAGAGAAAUUCCAAUAUUUUGUAAAUUAUGAUUGAUGAGAAUGUGGUCACAAUCUGUCCAGUGUGACUGACAAACUGUUUGCCUCUUUUUGCAAUAAACACGAAAAUCUACGAAACAUGAA